GACCUCCCAUUUUCUCCCCAGGCAGUCCAAAUUGCAAAAUAUCUUGGCUAGUCUGGAUUUUCUGGGAAUUGGAUCUUCUCCUUGUUUCACAGCUUCAACCAAGCAAGCUCUGCGGAUGAGGAAAGGCGGCUGAAAGGAAAAGAAGCUUUAGUUGUUUGCUUUGUAAGACAGGUGGGACUUAUCGAAAGUGAAAAAGAUCUGAGAUACAGACAGCACUGAUACCAUGGCUCAAAGUACCACCUGGUCAGCAUUGCUGCUCCUGCUGGUUUUGCUGGGACCUCUGCCAGCUUUCACCCAAAGGGAAAGCCGUCAUGACAAGUUCCUCCGGCAGCACGUUGACUUUCCCAAGACCAACAGUGAGCUGGACUCUCGGCGCUACUGCAACCUGAUGAUGCAGAGACGUGGGAUGACUGCCACAAUUUGCAAACCCUCCAACACCUUCAUCCAUGGAUCACACCCGGAUGUGGAUGCCAUCUGCAGUGACGGGGGGACCUACUACACUGAGAAUUACUAUGACAGCAGUGCCUACUUUCCCAUCACCGCUUGCCGCAUUGUUGGAGGUUCCCAGAGUCCCCCGUGUAACUACCGAGGUAGAACCAACACUCAGCGUGUUCGGGUGGCCUGUAUUAAUGGGGAGCCAGUUCACUUCAAAGCUCCUCUUUAGGAGGGAGUAUCUGUGGAAUCACUGUACCCAUGUGAUCAGUUUGGGAUACUACAUUUAAAGCCAAUUUAGACUAAAGUUCCCUAUAUAUUCUUAGUACAUGUGCACAUUUCAGUUGUAUUUUGGUACUGCCAAAUUAUCACUUCUCUCUCUAGCAAAUUACAUUCUUUCUUAUGCUUGUUCUUCGAUUAUUUGUGCCAUUAAAUGGUCAUCAAGUAAUGUAACAGUUCCCUAUUGGAUAUCUUUCUUUAAAAUGUCAAUCUCACCUCACUACGAUGGCAUAGUGGAUGAAAGCCUUGUGACUUGAAGGUUGGGUUGCUGACCUGAAAGCUGCCAGGUUCGAAUCCCACCCGGGGAGAGUGCGGAUGAGCUCCCUCUAUCAGCCCCAGCUCCGUGCGGGGACAUGAGAGAAGCCUCCCACAAGGAUGGUAAAAACAUCAAAACAUCCGGGCGUCCCCUGGGCAAUAUCCUUGCAGACGGCCAAUUCUCUGACUCCAGAAGCGACUCAAAUUGCUCCUGACACAGGGGGGGGGGACUCACUCCCAACAUAUAUUCAUCCUUUAACUAGUAUAUAAAUUUCUCAGCUCCCAGGCAGGCAAAGAUAAAGGGAAUUGUGUUGCUGUGAGUUUUCCAGGAGAAUGCUUCUGGAACAUAGCCAUACAGCCUGGAAAACUCACAGCAACCCAUUGAUUCCAGCCAAGAAAGCCCUCGACAACAUGUAAAGGAAACUGAUUGCUCAUUAGGAAUUGAUAGUAUAAAUAACAAAUUAUGGUAGUUCAAUGGACUUGAGAAAAAAACUAUGAUACUACAAGUGAUAUAAACCAUUUACCAAUUUGUGGUUUUCUGUGAGUUUUAUGGGCUGUAUGGACAUUAAAAAAACACCAGAAUCAAGACAGUAAAUAAAGAACAGCACUCAGUAACAGGAGAACUCCACACAACAAGCAAUCAAAGGCCAGUUAACUCCUCCCAAACGAAGGAUGCCCCCAGGCAGCAAUAUCCAGGCCUUGCAGCUAUGAGGCUACUCAAUGCUAAUCAAGCUGGCUAAUUGCAACAUUCACACUUAAACAGACAAAAGUUCUUUAUCCCACCCUGGGCAUUCCACAGAUAUAGAUAAACCCCACUUGCCUUAUUCCCACUGACUUCUGAACAAACCUCUGAAGAUGCCAGCCAUAGAUGCAGGUGAAACGUCAGGAGACGUCAGGAGAGAAUGCUAUUGGAACAUGGUACCGCUCAAAAAACUCACAGCAACACAGUGAUUCCAGUCAUGAAAGCCUUUGACACACAUUUACAAAUUUGUUUACCACUUCUAUUCUCUACUAAAACAAAACAUAAAUGAUUUCCAUUUGGAAUAUCAAGCUGUCCUUUGUUUCUUAUUGUAGUAACACGAUGUCACUAGAAUGUGAUGAUUUGGGCAAAAGAUAUAUGUUUACUUUGUGAAGAAACAGAGAUGAACUGAACUUCUAGGAUCAUACUAUUUGCUAAUAUUGUUGAGUUCUGAGAGUUUGGAGGUGUUGUAUAACUAACAGCUUUUGCACUUAUACUACCUUUACAAUUUCUCUUGUGCCCUUGAAUUUUGGCUGAAAACCUAAAAUGGCACUGCAGAGGGCAAAUGCGGACACUAUAAUUUUUUUUUCCUUUAUGACUGAAAAGUAUAAACUAUGCCUGAAUUUUUUCUUCUUGCAGCUUCAUGCAAUAAAAUACCUUCUCUUGAA